AUGUAUGGCAUGAUCUCCCUUGUUAUGGCUGUUGCUGAACUCGGACUUGUUUUCAUCUCACAAUACUUCAAGUUUGUUGACUCUGUCAUCCUUCGUGCUCUUAUCUACAUUCUCACAGGCGUUGCCAUCCUUGGUACAUCUAACGAUCUCGGUAUCGCUGCUGCUUCAAUGCAAUUCAUCAUUGCUGUUGUCAUGGUUAUCAUCUACUUCCUUGAAAACGGCUUCAAGUGCGAGUAA